ACAUGUUCACGCGCCCUAGGGUUCAUCAUCUGAGCCGCUCCGCCUCACGACAUAGCAGUGAGACAGUGCACCAAGCGCAGUUCAGGGACCGCGUCUGCCUAGUGUUCAAGACUACAAACACCCGCACUGGGGCUUUCGCCUCACUUGGACGCGCACGGCGCAAACCAGAUCGCCCGCCAUGGUCAAAGCUGAUGCCACGCGAAAUUACUAUGCAGACCUGAAAGUCGCUGCCAACGCCAGCGAGAACGAGAUCCGCAAAGCCUUCCGCACACUCGCCCUGCAAUACCACCCCGACCGCAAUCCAGGGCACGAGGCAGAGUUCGUCGUAAAGUUCCAAGAGAUUCAGGCUGCUCACGAGGUUCUGUGUGAUCCAACGCAGCGGCAGAAGUAUGAUAACGAGAGGAGGAAGUACCGCAGCCUGAACAUACCCACGAAUACGCCGAACACACCACGAGCUCGACCGCCUCCUCCACCGCGUAACACCUACACAACGACUACGCCCAGCGGCUCCUACUACCGCCCUCCGCCCCCAAAGCCCCAACCUCAGCCACAACGGCCGCCCCCACCACAGCACCACCAGACGUACAACAGCGGACAGGAUAGAUUCACAAACAAAAACUUUCGCCCGCCGCCGACAGCGCAACGCCCACAUUCAGGGCCGAAAGACUCACAGGACCGCGCAAAUGUCUUCACAGCAUGGCAGAAGAUGAAGAGUGGCGCCCGGCCUGAAGAGCCUCGCCCAUAUAACCCCACAAAUCCAAACAAUCCAAACAAUCCAAAUGGCACACCCUUUGGGCGCAGUCAGAGUACCAGGGUGCCGUCCUCGAAGACUGGCUUCAACCCAGGAACACCAGGGGCAGAUGAAGGGCCGGCAAAGUCUGGAGGAUAUCGAUCAAGCUACGCCCGCCCGACUGCGACACCUCCCACGCCUGCCGAAUCAAGUUCGCCAAACGUCAAUGUUCCGUACUCUGAGGGCAAUCGUGUACGGACGCCGUACUACUCCAAGGCUGCAGGAAUGCGCGAGGAGGGUAUUGGAAGGUCCGCAAGCAUGCGUAAGUCUCCGUCACACUCACACCAGCCUAGUCCUUCGAACGAAGCAGGCUCGUACUCAGACUCAGGGCGGAGGCAACAACGAAAUUCGUAUAGUGGUAGCUCGGGUAGAGGCCAGUUCCCGCAAAUGUACCCAGACUCGAGCGACGAGUCGGAAGCUGAGGUCUUCCGAGCAAGUACAGGAAACAAGCAACGAGCACAUGCACCACCAAAAGCCCCACACCCGCCGCCUCCCACUUGGAACCAGAAUGCCUUUGCGACUCCACCACCAAAGCAAACUGCUCCUCCGCCUGGAAACGUGCCCAAUAGUUUCAAGAGCAGGAGCGAGGAAAGCAUCAACAUGAAGUUCUCACCAUCCGAUUGGCAUGGAAAGUUUCAAGGCAGUGCCGAUUACUUCGCACCUAACGUGCAGCCAGGUGCGACUAACAAGGGUCGACAAUCGCCUACACGAGGAAGAGCUGCAUCUCAACGAACGACACCCACAAACCCACCGGCAGGAAACGCGUUUAAGACACAGUUCGGCUACAUGCCUCCGCCGCCUCCAGGUCCGCCGCCUCCAGGUCCACCUCCUCAGGCCAAGUUUGCCCCUCCUCCCGAGGCUAUGCCUCACACCGCAAAGUUCAGUCCAGAGGUUUGGAGUGAAACUUUCAAGGAGCCGAGCUGGGCGUUGCCGAACGAAGUCUCUGAUCGCAAGAACUUGGAGACUGUAAAACGGCAGAAACCUCCACGCAAGCCAUCCGUGCCAAAAGCGCAAGACCAUACGGAGAAGUCCCGGCCAAAGUAUCAGGCAACUGCAGAAGAGCCAACAGGCGAACCUGACGAGAUGGACAUCGACUCGGACACACCGCCGACCGCGAACGCCAGUACCUCCGCUACAAGACCGAAGACAGCACCAUCGUCGCCAAGAAAAGACAAGGCAAGGAGGACAGGCUCUGUGCCUCCAAAGACUGCGCCUUCUCCUGCCACCGUUGGCACGCCUUCCGCUCCAGGUCUGAACGGCCUCUCAGGUAUCGCGACCGUCGAGCCCUUCCUGCCUACCCAGAAUGGUGGUCUCUCAGAACUCGAUGCGCUCAAGGACACACUCCCAUUCCAAUCGCAGGCCUCAUCCACACAUCCCACGAAGCCAAACGCUGCCCGCACCCUUAAAUUCCCUCCAGUCCCUGCUGCUCCCCACCCACCGCUGAAGCUCGACCAAGCCACCACCGACGCCUACUUCAGCCACAUGGAAGGCUACGUCAGAUCCUUCAACGCCUUCAGCAAAGGCAUCACCGCGCACUUUGCCUCGCGAAGCGCCGAGCUAGAAGACCUCGACGACCGCUUCAUCCACAACCGCGGCGAGACUACCAAGAAGCUUGGUUUUGCCAGCUACCUCAACAGGAUGGAGGAAGACGAGGCUGUCAUGACGAUGUGGAAGAUUGCGCAAGAGAGGCAUAUACAGGCGCUGGAGCAGUGUGAGGAGGUCAGGAACAAGACGAUUAAGCUGUAUCAGUGAGCGAAGGGAGUUGUUGUGCUGCGCUUGGCGGGUGUACUGACACUCUCACAGCAUUGAUGUGCCGGAGGAAGACUCGAGUCCGAUGAAGGUCAUGAGGGAGAGGCUUGUUG